CUGCUCAGCCGGCGAGGGGGCGUGGCUUCGAGCACGGCCUUGCGAGUCCGAGCGUCUUGUGCUGGCUGGCGAGGCGCGCGAGGGCCCCAUGGGGACACAGGAGGCCGGCAGCAGCGGCGGCGGGGGCCCGUUCUUCACCUUGGCCGAGGUAGCGAAGCGGAGCACCGGCAAAGAGACCUGGCUGGUCAUCCACGGGCGCGUCUACGACGUCACCCGCUUCCUGGACGAGCAUCCUGGUGGAGAGGAGGUUCUGCUUGAACAAGCCGGUCAGGAUGCAACGGAGAGCUUCGAUGAUGUGGGCCACUCUGAAGACGCCCAUGAAAUGCUCAGACAGUACCUCAUAGGAGAAGUUCACCCGGAUGACUUGAAGCCAGGCAGUUCCAAGGAUCCAAACAAAUCUCCCUCCAACGACUCAAGUUUCUGGACGGUGUGGCUGAUUCCUAUUGUGGGAGCCCUGGUCCUGGGCUUGAUGUACCGCUUCUAUGUCAUGGAUACGAAGUCCUGAUCCGUCGCAGGAAGCAGAACGUGGGCCCUCGAAGCUUUGGCCGCCUCCAUUGUCCAUCCAUCACCCACCCGCCCCGCCAAGGGACACCUCGAGGGACCUGCCAUGACUUUUUGUUGUUGGAUACACAGGAAAAAGCAUCCGCCUCCAUUCCAUGGUUUGUAGUCGUUGACUGUGAGUCACUUCUCAGCCAGUCUUCCCCCUCUUUGUGCACAGUCCUAACCCGUCCAAGCACGGAAGGGUUAGGGGGACAGGGCCCCAUUGAAGUGGGGAAACUACAAAUGAGAAAAGGCCCUAUUGUUUUGUAAUUUCUAAGUCAUGUAGUGUAAGGAGGUUUAUACUAGAGGGACUAGAACAUCUGUAGAAAGAUUUAAAAAGUGUCAUGUAAUCAAGAACAAGCUCUCUUUUCCAUCUUACCAGCUGCCUUUUUUUCCAUUUCUGUGGUUUUAACAAAUGGUUAAACAGAUCUGUAUUUUUUCAGCAGUACUUUGGUUGAUGUACUACUGGUUGACUGUAUGCCUUUUUGAUCGGCCAGCUCUGUAAUAAAGGAUACUCUCAAUGA